CACAACUGUGAGAUCAAGAGCGACAUGCUCUAACUGAGCCAGCCAGGUGCUUCAAUGAUAUGAUUUUAUAUAUAGAAAAUCCUAAAAACUCCAUCAAAAAACUAUUAGAACUAAUCCCCAAAUUCAGCAGUUACAGCAUACAAAAUCAACGUACAGAAAUCAGGGGUGUUUCUAGUCACUGACAAAUUAUCUUCAAGGGAAAUAAAACAAUCCCAUUUGCAACAGCAUAAAAAAUAUCAACGAAUAAAUUUAACCGAGGAGGUGAGAGACCUGUACACUGAAAACUCUAACACUUUGAUGACAGAAAUUGAAGAAGAUACAAACAAAUGGAGAGAUAUUCCAUGGUCAUGAACUGGAAGAAUUAAUAUUCUUCCAUCUACUGAUUCAGUGCAAUCCCUAUCAAAGUUCCAAUGGUACUUUUCACAGAAAUAGAAAAGAUAAUCCUAAAAUUUGUACGGAAUCACAAAAGAUGCUGAAGAGCCAAAGCCACUCAGGGAAGGAUAUAUGUAAGGGGAACACUAACAUUUUUCUUAGCAACUUUCUUCAAGUCUUUAGUUAAAAAUAAAAAGUUAGAAUUAUAAAAGAAGGGAAAGAACAAUGAUGUUUCAUAAAGUUAAUGGUUUGGCAUGGGAGAGACAAGGUCUCCUUAGGUUGUUGGUGUGUGUGUGUGUGUGUGUGUGUGUGUGAGAGAGAGAGAGAGAGAGAGCACACCUAGGCACAUUCAGGUGCUGAAUUCAGCCACUGGGGGACCUACCCGAAGGCAUAGCCUGGAGUAGGGCCUCAGUGGGGCCGGGGAUCAUUCCCUCUACAAAGGCUCCUCCCUCAGGGAGUGUUCAAGUCAGCACGGACACUUGGGUUCCCAGCACUGGGCUCACGCAGUGCGGGAAGGGGACACCUGUCCCACUGGGACUCUGUUCCAGCUGUCAUCUCCUCUGUUUGCUGCCCGGCAUGGACCUCUGCUUGGUGCCUAUGAUGCUGCCGCUGCUGCUGCUGCUGCUGCUGCUUCAGGGGUCGCCCAGCUCGGCCGGACGGAACCGAUGCCUGGACGCGGCCGAGGCUUGCACGGCGGAUGCGCGGUGCCAGCGGCUGCGCACCGAGUACGUGGCUCAGUGCCUGGGUCGGGCCGCGCCCGGGGGCUGUCCUCGCGCCCGCUGCCGCCGCGCCCUGCGCCGCUUCUUCUCCCGCGGGCCGCCCGCGCUCACCCACGCGCUGCUCUUUUGCCCGUGCGCCAACGCCCCGUGCGCCGAGCGCCGGCGCCAGACCUUCGUGCCCGCCUGUGCCUUCUCGGGGCCCGGGCCGGCGCCGCCCUCCUGCCUCGCACCCUUAGACGCCUGCGAGCACAGCCGGAUCUGCAGGUGCAGGCGCUGGGUGGGACGGGGCGGCGGGCCCCGGUCCGGUCCCGGGUGCUGGGGGUGCGGGGCGGGCCCCGAGCUCACCGCCCCCCGUCGCGCCGCGCAGGCCCCGCCUCCUGGCCUUCCAGGCCUCCUGCGCGCCCGCCCCCGGCGCCCCCGACGGCUGCCUGCUGGACCAGGCCCCUCGCUGCCUGCGCGCCUACGCCGGCCUCGUGGGUACCCAGCCUCGGGGUCCUCCGCAGGCACCGCCGUCACCCCCAACUACGUGGACAACGCGAGCGCGCGCGUGGCGCCCUGGUGCGACUGCGGAGCCAGCGGAAACCGGCGUGAGGAGUGCGAAGCCUUCCGGGGGCUCUUCACCAGGAACCGCUGCUUGGAUGAUGCCAUACAGGCCUUUGACAGUGGGUGGCCUCUAGUCCUGCGCGACCAGCUAGAUGUCCAUCAGGACUCUGAGUACCCUCUCCUGCAAGUGUCCUCUGCAGUUGGGCUUCUGGUUGGGAGCUCCCUGCUCUCCAUGCUUCCUGUCUUGGCUCUCCAGCCCCUGCUUUGACUAGGACAGCCGACCUUGGACAACAUCACUGUCCCAUCCUGCCUGGGGUACAGGGCCCCUUCUGUACCCCACUGCCUCACUGAAAGUGAACUGGCUUGCCUCCCAACCUGGCCCCAGUGCUUUUGCACUGCUACUCUUUUUUACACCCUGUGUACCUGUCCCCUAAAGUGAGGGAGGUGGGCUGAGGGUCUGAUGCAAAGCUCUUGGUUUCCCUUUUAGUGGGUUUCUUGGUUUUAGGUCCCUCUCUCCACUGACCUUGGAAUAGUGGGGUUGUCCCACAGGGUAGGGAUGGGAGGGGGUCACCUGUGUUCCUGAAGCCUCACUGGGGCCCCAGAUCACCUAGAAGUCAUAAAGCAUCCAAAUUCCCAGAAUUCUAAGGGAUUUUAUCAGCCUCCCCAAAUAGAACAUGCCUUAAAGAGUACAUAUGAACAGGCUUAUAGGCAAAACUUUUAACACUUUCCAGCCUUUCAUGGCACCCUCUCAAGGAGGCACCACCCGUUAUGAUAGCCACAUGUGCCCUAUGACUAAUGUUGGUAAAGUUCUUCCCAUACAUGAUAUGCUGCUCGGUGGGCACCAUCUAGAAUGAGAAUCCAGUCCCCUGCAUUGCACUGGUCACAUGACCACCUUCCCCAUGGUUUAACCUAGCUCUGUGAAUGGCAUCCGUAGUUCAAUAAAUCCACAUGCGCUGCAA